AUGGUUCAUAAUUAUAAACGUACAUCUGAUCGACUAAGCUGGGAUGAAAUUUCCAUGGCUAAUGCCAUUAGAGCUGUUUAUAAGAAAGAAAUGGGUUAUAAAGCAGCAGCUCAACUUUUUGGAGUUCCUCAAACGACUUUAGAACGACGUGUUGCAGUUUAUAGGCAGAAUCCUGAUAUGAAAUUAUCUGUUUUAAAAGAGCUUGGUAGAUUUAAACCUGUAUUUAGCGAAAGUCAAGAGUCAGAACUAGUUGAAUAUUUAAGUCAACUUGAGUCCAACCUCGUCGGCUUAAGCACUGCUGAGUUGAAAUUACUCGUUGUUCAAUUAGCUGAAACAAAUAAUAUUUCGCAUCCUUUUAAAAAUGGCCGAGCUGGAAAAGAUUGGGUUCAAAACUUUUUGACCCGCAAUUCAUUAUUGUCACUUCGAAAACCCGAAUCAACUUCAGCAAUGCGAGCUGAAUGUUUCAAUAAAGUUGUUGUGAAUUUAUUCUUCGACUUAUUGGAAAAUAUCAUGAAUACCUAUCAUCUAACACCCGAACGAAUUUUCAAUGUCGAUGAAACAGGUUUUUCAAAUGUCCCAAAACAUCAAGCGAAAAUUGUUGCUACAAAGGGAAAAAAACAAGUGGGCAUUUUAACUUCUGCUGAUCGUGGAAAAACGGUGACUGCUGAAAUUUGUAUUUCUGCAGAUGGUAAUUAUUUACCCCCAAUGUUUGUCCUACCACGUCAAAGGAUGAAAAGUGGCAUUAUGAAUGGAACACUGCCUGGUAGUUGGGCCGUAUGUCAUCCAUCCGGUUGGAUGCAAACAGAUAUUUUUCUGGAAUGGUUUAAAUGGUUCGUUAACCAAGUUAAACCAACAAGAGACCGCCCAGUCCUUCCCAUUCUCGAUGGUCACACUACUCAUACUAAAAAUUUAAAAGUAAUAGAUCACGCCCGAAAAAACCACGUCAUCAUUCUUUGCCUUCCUCCUCAUUCAACCCACCGACUUCAACCACUGGAUAUCGCCGUGAUGAAACCACUUUCUAAUUACUACAGCACUGAAAUCAGAAAAUGGCUUCGAGAACAUCCUGGGCGAGUUGUCACAGCUGAAGAAGUUCCAAGUCUCUGUUGUGAAGCUCUGAAGCAAGCAGCUAAAGCCGAAACAAUAACCAAUGGUUUUAAAAAAACCGGAAUUUGGCCAAUGAAUCGUAAUGUUUUUGAUGAUAAUGUAUUUGUAAGCUUGCAAACGAGUGAAAGCAGUCAACUAGAUGAACCAACUCAGCAAGAUGAACCAACUCAGCAAGAUGAACCGACUCAGCAAGAUGAACCAACUCAGCAAGCUGAACCAGCUAUCAAUGAUUCCCAGCAAUUUGAUGAAUUUUUAGAGAGUCAAUCACUUGAUAAUGUCACUAAAAGCUUAAGUAAAAUAUCAGUAGAAUCUGACACGGAAAAAACACCUUUAUCAUCUUCAACGAGUUUCCUAAGAAACACCAUUAACUCUACAGAACGAGAUAAUUUAAUGACUCCUGAGCCAGUAGCUGAUUAUUCUAAGUCUACGUUAACUUCAAGCUCUCGUCGUACAGGAUUUUUUCGACCAUAUGUGCCGGAUUCAAGUUCAGAUAAUGAAGAGAUAAAAGAAGUUCAAUCUACGCCAAGUAGAUUUUGCUACGAGAUUCAUACAACGGAGAAAGCGUUCAUCAACUGA